CAUCUCCUUAAUAAACAGCCAGCUCUGCAGGUAGCCAGGCUGCAUCUGGGGCCAAGUCAGCCAAAACACAGCGUUAAGCACCUUCCCCUCUGCCCUCCCAGGCCUGGGUGUAGGUCCUGGUAAGCAAUGGCAGCACGUGUUGCUGUUUGUUGUCUUCACUGGCUGGUUCUCUGCUGGAAGAAAGGGAUAUUCCAUGAAACCAGCAGUCACUGCCAGCACAAGGAGGGUACUUGCAAAAUGACCCUGAAAUUGCCCCAGUGCAGGGAAAUGCACUGGCAAAGGAAAGAUGCAGCGGGUUCAGGGUGCCAGGGUGCCAUGUUCCUUCUUGGACCAGCACAGCACCUCAUUUCAGCUCCCCGCUGGGAUAUAGGGGCUGGGGGCCACUGUGACCCUCCACAGGUGUUGCUUUGCAGGGUGGUGUGGCAGUGCUGGGGGUGGCACCGUGCUCCGUGGGAGCCCUGGUCCUGAGCUGACUCUCCUUGCUGCAGAGGAACCCAAGGGACGCUGGCAGGGGGCACUCCCUGUCUUGGCUCCGGACGUGCAUCCCAUCAGUUUGGCAGGGCACAGGUACGGCUGGAUGACGGCUGAGGAUGUGCUAUGGAGCCGGGAUUCAACUGCUCUGAGCUCUGCGAUGGCAGCUCCAGCUUUGGCAGCCAGGAGCAGCAGCAGCGGGCCCUGCAGGAGCUCUGCACUGUGACAGUGACAUCGUUUGACCACAGUAUGAAGAGCUCCCCAUCCUUCUCUGCUGGUCUCCUGGGAGUUGUGUGGACAUUCCUGACUGGAGGAGUCCUGCUAGCACUCUUCUUUUUCAUCUUCACUAUUCGCUUCAGGAAAAACAGGAUUGUGAAGAUGUCCAGCCCCAAUCUCAACAUUGUGACCCUGCUGGGCAGUGGCUUGACUUACACAAGUGCUUACCUCUUUGGGAUUCAGGAGCAGAGCCUGCCAUCUGGAGACUCAAUGGAAAAGCUAAUUCAGGUGAGGCUGUGCCUGCUGUGUGUGGGGACCUCGCUGGUGUUCGGGCCUGUGCUGGGCAAGAGCUGGAGGCUCUACAAGGUGUUCACCCAGCGGGUGCCCGACAAGCGCGUGAUUAUCAAAGACCUGCAGUUGCUGGCCAUGGUGGCAGUGCUGGUGCUGGCAGACACUGUCUUGCUCUUGACCUGGGUGUUCUCUGACCCAGUCCAGUGCUUCCGAAGCCUCAGCGUCUCCCUGCGGGCCACAGAGAAAGGCAUGACGUGCUCCGUGAGCCGGGUGCAGUCCUGUGCAUCGCUCUAUUCUGAUCUUUGGCUUGUUCUCAUUUUGGGCUUUAAGAGCAUCCUCCUGCUGUAUGGGACCUACUUGGCCGGUCUGACCGACAAUGUCAGCUCCUCUCCAGUGAACCAGUCCUUGACACUCAUCGUCGGGGUCAACCUGGUUUUCCUGGCUGCUGGUACCAUCUGCUUAGUUCACCGUUUCUUCCGUGCUUGGCACAAUCUGCUGUUUGGUUUUACCUCUGGAGGCAUCUUUGUGUGUACAACCACCAUCAACUGCUUCAUCUUUGUCCCACAGCUCAAGCAGUGGAAAGCCUUUGAAGAGGAAAGCCAAACCAUGAGCCACAUGGCAAAAUAUUUCACCAGCCCGAGCAGGAGCUGCCGCUCAGUGUACAGCGAGGAGCAGCUCUACCAGCUCAUAGGGGAGAAAAACUCUAUGAAGCGGCUGCUCACCGAGAAAAACGCCGUGAUCGAAAGCCUGCAGGAGCAAGUGAGCAGCGCCAAGGAGAAGCUGAUGAGGCUGAUGUCUGCGGAGAGUGGCUGCGACCCCCGUAUGCUGCCAGCAGCUCCCUGCACCUGGAGCUCAGGGCAGCCUGGGGAUGCACCAGGGGACUGCUGCCCCCCAGAUCCAGGGAGGGAUGGGUGGCAGCCCCCCUGCUUGCUGGGUUCAUCACCUCCUAGCAGCAAUGCUCAGGCUCUCCAGAAAGAUGCAACCCAGGAGCCUGUUUGCACUCAGGUGCUGCUUUUUAAUGGAGGGGACAGCAUUGAACGUGGCCUGAAAGAUCUCCAGGAGUGUGGGACACCUGCAGUGCAGGAGCAGCCUCUGGAGCAGCUGCCAGGCCAGGACAAUUCAGCUGGUGUAGCCUGGGAGUCGUCCCCCAAAAUCAGCUAUGUAAACAGCGAGAAGCUGUGGGAAAUCUUGCAAGAGUUAAGCCUGGAUGGCAAAAACCACAGCCCAGCCUUAUCUGCAGGACCCCCACUCGGCAACCGGGGCACCUCAGGCGAGCAGGGAGAAACAUGGGCAGGCCAGGAGGGCUACCCGGGCAUCCACACAGCCCUCAGCCCCUACCUGGCAAGGCUUCAACGCAGGAUCCCAUUGCCCCCUGCCUCCACACGCUUCCCUGGACACGUAUCCCCUCGUGCCAGCUGCAGGGUGAAGGAGGUGGGCAGCUGGGGCCGUGGGGAGUCAGCUCAAAACUCCCUGGGAAAGGGAGGGGACACGGCUGGCAGAGGGCUCCUUCACGGCCCAGCACCGUCCCCUGCAGCCAUCCCGAGGGAGGCCAGCCUCCAGCCAGAGGGGUGGCAGGGAUGGCCCAGGGUGCCUCCGGGAUGCCAGGGUGCCUCACCGAGCAUCCCGCAGGAGCGGCGGCGGCGGCAGGGCACGCCCAGGAGCCCCGCGGAGCCCUCCCUGCGCUCGCUGUACUAUUACCCAGACUCUGACUCCAGCAGCAGCAGCAGCUCUGAGGAGGUGUUUCAUGGCUGCCACCGACCCUGCUGCGAGGUUUGCUUCCAGAGCCCUCGUGGCUCCCUGGACAGCAGCAGCACGGACACGGACACAGAGCCCAGUGACUGUGAGGAUCACCAGACAGAGCACCACGGCGGCCCCCAGCCUGUGGUGAAUUUCAAAGAGGAUCUGAAACCCACUUUCGUGUGACUGGGAGCACCCCUGCUCCCAAGGCAAGUGCCUUCCCACCCCCAAAACACUGCGUGUUCUCUGCAAUGCUAAAGCCACAGAUCCCUCUGGGGAAUGUGCCUUGUUCUGGAAUGCGGGGAUUUGCCCCAUUCUGAUCUGCAGUGUCAGCCCCAGCCUGGUCAGCCGUGCCUGCAGCCUGAGUUUGGCUGAGAGGGGCUUGGCAGCACUCAGGGAGGUGGCGGUGGCCUUGUCCUGGCUGCUCUGGGCAGCAGCCUGUGUCCCACAGGUAGCAGCAGUUCUGUCCAUCCUGGUGCCAGCAGUGCAGAAACCGGGCUGGGGGUGUGUGAGAGCCCAAACUUCAUCUCCUCAGAGAGCUUUCCCUGUGAGACCUUGCUCUGGCAGGGAGCAGCAUCCUGCCUCAGAAACAACCAUGGCUUCUUGCACACCUCUCCAUAUGGACUGACAGGAGACUCCUUCCCCUGAGGCUGCCCAGGCAGAGCAUCCCCCUGGCAUCACCCCAGCUGGGGAUGGGAGAUGGAUGCCAGAAGCAGCUGCAGGCGGCCCUGCACCUGGGGUGUGCUGCUGCCAGGCAAAACAAGGACUUUGGAAGGGGGGGUGCACAGCAAACUUUUGGGUUUUGGUGGGGUUUUUUUUUUUUGUAGCAUCUGAAUGGGAAAAUUGAGUCCAAAGGUGAUGUCUGUGGAGGUGUCUUUGCAUUUUGUGUUCUUCAGGUGCAUCGUUGUAGGUGGGACUCAGGUCAGAGCUGAAGGGAAAGACAAGGCCAUUGUAAAGGAGGAUCUGAAAAGGGGGUUCUUUUUUUACCUUGAUUUCUGGAUCUUGUGCCCUUCUGUCUGUCUUUGUAUGGAUGAUAUAGUCUGGAAUAAGGUUUGUUUAAAUUAAUAUGCUCUGUUUAAUUUUUAUCUUAGAAACACCAAGAACAGUGUGUGUGCCUUUUUGGGAUAUUUAUUGUGGCAUUUGAGCUUAUCGUUGCUUCCACAGGAGUUCAGGAUGCUGAGACCUGAUGCCCAGUGCAAUAUAAACCUUCUGGAGAAGGGCUUUAUUAAAAAAGCAGGUGUCAGAGGAAUCCCAGAGCUGGUUUUGAACAAAGCAUGUUAGCACUGCCCUCUCCAUUAGCCAAAUGAUGAAAUCCCUCACUUCUGUCUCUUCACUGGUGUGACCUUUUUUUCCCCUGUUGCCUCUGCAGUUUUCCAAGCUUGCAUGUAGGGGCAAAUCAUCAAACUCAGUAAUCUUAUGAGGAACAAUAUUCCCACAGUCCCUGUUUGCUUUUAAAAUGGAAACACCCCAGAGUGUAAUCCUUUUUUUUUUUUUUGUCACUUUUUUGCUAAUAGAAACCGUUCUCUUUCAGUUUUGUCUGAGCACUUGUGGCUCUGGCAUGGGAGAAGUGCACUGACUGGAGAGUCCCCUGCGUGUGCAGGGCAAACCCGGGGCUGGCGGCUCCCUGCAGUGGGACUGGGGAUCUGCUCGGGAUCUCUGUGCCCGUGCCCUGCAGCCGCCUGCAGUUCUGCAGCGCUCGCAGCAGGUGCUGCUGCUGCCACGCCGGGCGUGCCGGCAAACGCCGAGGACAUCCACGGCAUCGCCACGCUGGGACAAGGCGGGGAGACAAGCGCGCUCCAGGGACCCUAUUAAAUGUGGAUCAAAACCUCUCCCCACCCACAAACGUGUUUAGAAUAACACUUUGCUCUGGGGCUGGGAAAUACUGCAGCACAGUUAAAGCAAAAGAUCAACCAUGAACCCACCUGGAAGCGGCUGAUAUAAAAAUUAACUUUAAAUCCACUGGUGAAUGCAGAAAAACUCUCCAGAGGACUUUGAACCUAGGGUUUGUUUGGAAACUCACUGCUGGAAUUUGAGGUCGUUGCUUUUCUGUGCAGUGACCAGCAGCCACCACCUGAAAACUACACAGCCCGUGAAUGCACCUACUGAGAAGGCCAAGAGCCCUGUGGUUUGUGUCAUAAAUAGUGUGCCCAGCAGGACCAGGCAGUGAUCAUCCCCCUGUAUUCAGCACUGCUGAGGUCACAGCUCCAAUCUUGUGUUCAGUUUUGGGCCCUUUCCUUGCUGACUGCUGUUUAGGAGAAGGGUCAUGUCAAAGCCAGGAUGAGAUCUCUCUCCAUGCCUGCUUGGUGGGCCUUGGCAAGAGGCAGGAAGGUAAGGAAGCCCUGAGGCUCUUGUGCCACAACCACCUGCCAUGGCUCAGUCUGCCUCUGUUACCCCCUCAGCCUGCCACUGCUUAGGAAAUAAAAAAAUUGAUUGUGAUUCAGUUGCCUAGUAAAAGAAAAAAGAAAAGAGAAAGAAAAGAGGAAAAAAGAUGAAUAAGAGCUUUGUUAGCUAUGGAAGAGAGGGAUUAUGACAGGCUCUCUGGCAUGGGAGUGCUCACCAUUGGUGUGGAGGUUUCCCCACUGCCUCCUGUUGGCAUUCGCCGCUGGGAUCUCUGGGAGCUUUUUGCUCUGGUCUUUGAUACUGGGUGCAGUUAUGAGAAUAAUGAGUAUUUGAAAGUACUGCAGGAGAGAGAACCUUCUGGUGUCCUUUGCCUAGAGUAACCAGACUGUGCAAUCCCUGGACACAGUGGUGCCACAUCUGUGUGGAGACACUCUGUGGCUCAGUGGGGAGCAGAAGUCAGGGGCCCUACAACUCCAAGUAGCCUGUGCUGCAGGUUUUGAGGAGGUGAGGGAGCACCCACAUCUGUACAUGACCUCCACAGGUCUGGAAGAAGCUCCAGAAAAGUUUUCCUUGAGUCGUCUGGCAGCCAUGAUGGCUGUGGAGAAGUGCUCUCCUCCUGAGCAGCUUUGCUGUCCUGAGCCAAGAAACCAGGCCUAUCUCUUCCCUUGUCUGGUUUUUCAGGGCUGUCCUCUUGGCCUCUGCCUGCAGCUCUGCACUGCUGAAUUGCCAGCUGCUGCUGUUACCCCAAGGUCUGCGCUUGCAGCCACUUGAGAGACACCAAACCCAUCAGUGUAAGCUGCAUCCUGAUUGCUGGCCUUGUGCUCAGGCAGAAAGUGCUUGGGGAACUCCAUGGAGACAGGGAAAAAAUACCAUCGAAAGAAUUGUGGAUGCUGGCAUGACAGAACUGUGGACGGCUCAGUGUGCACUGCAGGGACUUUCUGCUGCAUGACACGGUCAUGCCCUAUGGACCUGAUCGAUCCCGGCACACACCUGGCUGGGCAAGUGCAGGGAACACUGCCACAGGCUUCCAAGAGUUUCUUUCUCUCAUGGACACUGUAUUGAAGCUGCUGGAGCACAUUCACCUCUCAGUGUUUACAGUGGGGUUCUUUGCUUUCACACUCACACCACCACCUUUCCCCUGUGCAGAGGUGCAUGGAGCUGAGCUGGUUUUCUUCUAACUCAGGCAUCCGUAGCUGCGUGCUUUGUGCUGCCAGAGCACAACCAUUUACGUAAGGUUUGUUGGGUUUUUUUUGUCCUGGAAAUUCUUGCAGACAGGAUGGGUACGAGGGACUUUGUCCUGCCAGG